CCUCACUCCAGGAAGUACCCAAACGUACCUAAUAAAUAGAGAAGCCGUAUAUUGACAGACUGCGCAAUUGCCAGAGACGCUUCUUCUCCAGUCAAGUGUCUCAAGGAUCAGAUGGGGGCUGUCAUGAAGACGGGAGCUAUGACGGCAGAUUUUUAAGUAGAAAGUACUUUUGGGGAUGCUACAAGAUAUAUUAUCACCCUCUGUCUAGACAACCUCUAAGUGUCUGUGAGGUAUUCCUGAUUACCAUUCUCCUAAAAAUUGCAAGAAAAUUCCAAGGAUAGUGCUUCGUGUCUCACCAAGUUAUUUCAAAGGGAAAAAAGGCUUAAGAAUGCGCUUGACAGCACUAAGAGAUUAUUCCCAAGUGUGUAACCUGAGGGCUGUGGGAAAUUUCCUCAAGGCUCUACUGACUGCAAGCUCCAACCUGAAUAAACAGCCAACCUCAUUUAUUCCUCUGUCGAAUGAGGACGAUGGUAGAUCACCAUCUACCUGAUGUAGACCACCAGGCGUUGUAGGGACAGUCACCUUCAGCUUUUGCACGCAACCAGAUGAUUCGCCUUCGGGCUCUGAGCCUUUAAAGCGCUUCACUAGAUCUUUAUCUGUAUUGGUCCAGGCCCUUCAGUCAAGCAGAAAGCUUAUAAGGCAGCUUUGAUUAAACAUGACCUCCUUGUUUGCUCAAGAAAUUCGCCUUUCUAAGAGACAUGAAGAAAUAGUAUCACAAAGAUUAAUGUUACUUCAACAAAUGGACAAUAAAUUUAUAGAUGAAAACAAGGGAAAGGCAUCUCAGAUGCAAGCAGCUGAGACUGCUCUUAAAAGGAACCUCAGUCUUUUAAUGGAUAUAGAAGCCGCAGAAAAGUCUCUGCAGACCCGGAUUCACCCAAUUCCAUCACCAGAGGUGGUUUCUCUUGAGACUCUUUACUGGGCAUCAGUAGAAGAAUAUAUUCCCAAAUGGGAACAGUUUCUUUUAGGAAGAGCACCAUAUCCUAUCGGUGUUGAAAAUGAAAAUGAAGCAGAAAAUACCGUUCAGAAUGAGGCACAGUGAUAACUUCUUCACAUACUCUUUUCAAAAAAAAAAAAAAAACCUUUUUAGUACAGCUGAGUAUUAAAGAAUACGCAGGUCAUUUCGGGUGCCUUAGGAAUCGAAUAUGUUCAUAUUGUCCCGUUACCUCCUCGAUGACAUGAAGAUAAGAGAAUCAGCUGACAAAUCUCAGGUUCUAUCACUUUGAGACCUACUCUUCAGAGUCAUGAAUUUGCUUUCUGCCAAACCCAUGGAAGUGUUAAGAGCUAAUACUGAAAGCUGGACUGUUUAUUAAGUAAGUUGCUAAGUAAGUGUUACAUGUGUCCUUCUUUAAAAAAAAAAAAUCAUUUAUAAUCAUUCUCAUCUAAACAAUGAAUACUUGUUCUGAUUUUACAUUUUCUAGAAUCAUUUUGGCUUUUUUAUUAUGGGGAUUGGGUUCAGCACAGAAUCCAAGUGGCUGUUGGCCAUUACAGUUUCCUUUAACAAAUGGAAAAAAUAGAGGCACUGAACUGCUUCAAUAUAGUAUGUUAGACAAUGGAUUUACAGGAUUUUGUCCCUUAUAGAUAAUCAAACCUCUGAAGGUUCCUGAGGAAAGAACUAAACUACAAAGCAUUUGAGAAGUAGCCAGUUUCAGCGGGGCUCAGACUUGGUUCAGAAAAAGGUCACCUAUUAGAGCUGGAAAUGGUAUUGGAUUUUGACUUAGUUAGUUAAGGACUACCAACUCUGUGAAUGCAAGUAACUCCCCUCAUCUUUUCAUCGUUAAACUUGCCCUUCCCUCUCCUUUGUUUUCUUUAUUUCCUAAACAACUGUCAGAAAGCUUUGCCGCUCCCCAGUCCUCCACUGCUAGAGUGCUCGAAAAUUUUUUUUUAAUUUUUCUGACUAUAGACGCAGCUCCUGCUAGUAAGGGGAGUCUAUGCUCAUUACAAUUCAAGAGUAUAAAAAUUUCAAACUGGUGUGUGUUUUUACAUGAAGACAGUAGGACAAGCUUUAAACAAACAAACAAACAAAACCUAUAUUGAAACGUCCAUUGUGCUGAUCAGUUCCUUUAAACUACCAUCUUGGAAAUAUCCUGUUGAGUGGGUGUUGGUGUGGGUAACAAUAAUGUUGUUUUCAUAAUAUGCGCUGGCAGAUUAGCACACUUCUCUACAGUGUUAACAGUUGUAAUUAAGGAAUAAACAGCACAGAGUGUCAGUCCGAUGACAAUUUCAUCUAUAGUGUCACAAUACAAAAUGUCACAAAAUAUUAGAACUGUUAUAUAACUAUAAAAAGUAUCGGCUUAAAAGCUGAAAGCCUUAAAAAGAGAGAGAGAGAGAGA